UUGACCUUGCAAAAAACUUGAAUCAGCUCAGCACCAUCAUGGUCAAAGAAUUCAGCCUUCCGCAGGAGCUCAUCGACCGCUUCGUCGACGAAUUCCAAGACGACCAUCUAACCCUAGCAAAAUUCCUCCUCAUAUCCCGCUCCUUCCGAGACAGGGCCCGAUACCACAUUUUCAGAGUAUUUGUUCUAUAUCGAUUCCCAGACUCGAAGCGGAAGUUAAUCACCCAAAUAUUCACCGAAGACAUUUCGAUCCCUCCGCUCGUCAAGUCCCUACAUAUAUACCCAUUUGAUCCACAGAUGAAUAUCAUCCUCCCACUCCUGCAAGACGUGAACCACAUACACUUACAAACGGGCUCCAAAGAACUUCACCGAUUUAUCAAAGACGCCCAGGUUCUGUCGACUAGGGCUUCGCACUGUACCGUAUACGGUAUACGGCCAUCAGCUCCAAUCCGUCGACGGCGUACCGGCCGUAUGAGUACGUCCGUCACGGCCGUGUGUACGGCCGUAUGUAAGGAGCUGGGCUUGCUUAUUUUCUGAUACACCUCAACAUCGUCACCCUCGUUGGAGAACCGGUUCUCACUAUAAAGAAAUACCCCUAACAGGUGUACAGUUGCGUCAUCAGUCCCAAGUACGCAAGAACACCUCUAAAUUAGUCUGCAAUGGCCUGGAAAUAAAUGGUAAUGAAAGCGAUUCAGGGCUACAUACCGUACACACGGCCCUCGAC